UAAUUUCUAAAAAGCCCAAAAGAUCGACAUUUUGCAUAAUUUCCCUCUAAUUUAAUACUCCCUUCACACAACGUGCAAAAAUUAUUAAAAUUUGCAUUUCUUGAAGCCUGGUUAUUUUGCCUCAAGCUAAGCGAGCAAAUACGAGAUUUUCUCUCGAUACCAUCUGCACUUCCUCUUUCAAUUUCUUUGGGUUUCAAUUUCUCUUUCUUCUUAUUCUUAUCGACAGAUUGUUACUCUAUCAGCUUUUGGUGGUGAUUCUUUGAGGUAUAAGGAGGAAAAUUUGAGAAAUUUAAUGCAAUUUAGUUGUAGAGUUUGAUUCAAUCAAGGUUUUUUUUUAAUUUCCUUGGUGGGUUUUGGAUAAAAUUCUUGUUUGUGGUGAGUUGAAAUGAGUGUUGUAGGUUUUGAUAUUGGAAAUGAGAACUGUGUUAUUGCUGCUGUAAAGCAAAGGGGUGUUGAUGUGUUGCUCAAUGAUGAAUCCAAACGUGAAACACCUUCUGUGGUGUGCUUCGGAGAAAAGCAGAGGUUCAUCGGCUCUGCUGGUGCUGCCUCUGCUAUGAUGCACCCCAAAACUACGGUAUCUCAAGUGAAAAGGUUAAUUGGUAGGAAAUUUCAGGAACCUGAUGUUCAGAAUGAGUUAAGAUUGUUACCAUUUGAAACUUCAGAGGGUCAGGAUGGUGGCAUUUUGAUUCACUUGAAGUAUUUAGGUGAGACUCAUAGAUUUACGCCGGUGCAGAUUAUGGCAAUGCUCUUUGCACAUUUGAAAUAUAUGACAGAGACAAAUUUGGGAGUUCCUGUUUUGGAUUGUGUUAUUGGGAUUCCAUCUUACUUCACUGACUUACAAAGAUGUGCGUAUCUGGAUGCUGCUACAAUUGCUGGGUUAAAGCCUCUAAGAUUGAUGCAUGACUGUACUGCAACUGCACUUGGUUAUGGGAUUUACAAAACGGAUUUCUCCAAUGCUGGUCCAACAUAUGUUGCAUUUAUUGAUAUUGGUCAUUGCGAUACCCAGGUCUCAAUUGUAUCGUUUGAGGCUGGAAACAUGAGGAUAUUGUCACAUGCUUUUGAUAGCAGCUUGGGUGGAAGGGAUUUUGAUGAGAUUUUGUUUGAAUAUUUUUCGGUGCAUUUCAAGGAGCAGUAUAAUAUAGAUGUAUACACCAAUAUCAGGGCUUGUAUCAGGUUAAGGGCAGCAUGUGAAAAACUGAAGAAGGUUUUGAGUGCAAAUGCAGAGGCACCUCUAAAUAUCGAGUGUUUGAUGGACGAAAAGGACGUCAAAGGUUUCAUAAGGAGGGAAGAAUUUGAGAAGUUGGCUUCCUGGUUGUUGGAGAGGAUUAACGUUCCUUGUACUAAAGCUAUAACUGAUGCAGGGUUAGCUGUGGAGAAAAUCCAUGCUGUUGAGCUUGUUGGAUCAGGGUCCAGGAUACCAGCUAUAACAAGACAGUUAGCUUCUCUAUUUAGGAGAGAACCCAGUCGGACAAUAAAUGCAAGCGAGUGUGUGGCACGGGGAUGUGCUCUCCAAUGUGCGAUGCUCAGUCCAAUUUUUCGGGUUAGAGAUUACGAGGUUCAAGAUUGUAUUCCAUUCUCCAUAGGAUUCUCUUUAGAUGAAACCCCAAUUUCACAAGAAGAGUCAAAUUGCGUGUUGUUUCCUAGAUGCCAACCAAUUCCAAGUGUUAAAGUUCUGCAAUUACAGAGAAGUAGUUUGUUCCAUUUGGAAGCAUUCUACGCUAAUCCACAUGAACUGCCUUCUGGAGUAUCCUCGAAAAUAAGUUGCUUCACGAUUGGCCCUUUCCAAGCUUCCCAUAGUGAGAGGGCAAGGAUUAAAGUCAAAGUUAAGUUAAACAUUCAUGGCAUUGUCACCGUUGAGUCAGCUACAUUGAUCGAAGAGCAUGUAGAUGAUACAGUUACAAAGAAUUAUACACAUUCAGAAAUGAGCACAAAGGAGGCCCAGCAUGUAGCAAAUGGCGGUGAAGAUGGUACUGUUGUGCAGUCCAAACCAUCACAUGCUUCUGCUGAUGGUAAGACCAAUGAUAAAGCAACCAGGAGGCUUGAGAUACCAGUUCGUGAAAACAUAUAUGGUGCGAUGACAAAGACCAAGCUCAUCGAAGCUCAAGAUAAAGAACUUAAGUUGGCCCAACAAGACAGGACAAUGGAACAAACCAAAGAGAAAAAGAAUGCUUUGGAGUCUUAUGUCUAUGAAAUGCGGAAUAACCUUUUCAACACAUAUAGGGGUUUUGCAUCUGAUAAGGAGAGAGAGGGCAUUUCCCGGAGCCUACAGCAGACAGAGGAGUGGCUUUAUGAUGAUGGGGAGGAUGAAACUGAAGGCGCUUACACUUCCAAAUUAGAGGCUCUCAAGAAGUUGGUGGAUCCAGUUGAGAAUCGAUACAAAGAUGAAGAAGCAAGAGCACAGGCUUCAAGAGAUCUGCUGAAGUGCAUUGUGGAUUAUAGAAUUUUAAUAGAAUCUCUGCCAAAUGAGAAUAGAGAAUUGCUUUUUGUUUUUCAGAUCAUGAACGCGUGCAAUCAGGCUGAGCAGUGGCUGAGAGAGAAAACUCAACAACAAGACUCUUUACCUAAGAACAUUGACCCUCUAUUAUGGUCAAGUGAGAUUAAGAGCAGGACUGAGGAUCUAAACAUGAAAUGUGAGCGAAUAAUGACACGCAAGGCUUCUCAUCGGGAUGUAGAGAACCAGGGCCCGGACCAGCAAGAAUAGGUUAGAUGUGUACGGAACAUCUUUGCAAAAGUUUACAGUUCACACACGCUUUCAGUAAUUAGAAGAGCACACUGAUUAAUUGAGUUUGACGUUGCAAGAAGCAAGACCUCAUUUGAAUUCAGUGCAUAGGGGGAGGGAGGGUCACGGACCAGGUAAUAUACGAUUGCCUUUUGAGGGAUAGUAACUCAUUAGAAACUUUGAUGUAGUUUAAGAGCUUGCCAAUUCAACCAGGCUUUUUGUUGGACAUACUCGAGUAAUGACAUAUAAGUAAAUUUAAUAAUUCGUGUAUUUGUAUUUUUUUGUUUCAUGUUUAAUACAUGUAAAACAUGAAGAUUGUUGUAUCAGAAUUUGUACACGUCAAACACAUAAUACUUAUGUUUUUGCCCAAUCAUUUAUGAUUUUUGUUAAAAUUUAAAAAAAAAAUGCAAGUUUAAUUUGUCAGUCUCCAUAUAAUGUUGCAGUCAUACUGAGGUCAUCAAGAACCC